AUGAGUGACAUACCAGUUAUAACUCAUCGAAUCUCUCAUCAAACAAGAUCUACAGGAGAAAACCCGAGGCAAACCCUCCAAGUUUACAUCCUCAGACCCAAUACGACACAAUCCGUGAUUGAUUUUCAGUUUCUAUCAAUGAUCGACAGCCAAGGUAAUUUUAGUGAAACCCUGACUGAAAUCAUGGAAGAUACGUUAACAUAUCACGACAUUUACCACCCCAAUUCGACAUACCUUAUUGAAGAAACAAAAGAAUACGUGAUGAAUGAAGUUAGAGCCAACUUCAAUCCCUUCACUAAUGAUCUUCAAGUUACUUUGACUAUCAAAGAUUACAACCCAAAUGCAACAUCAAGGCUAGACGUUGAUCUGAUCAUUACUGAUUUAGAGAGCACUAAUAGGCCUCCAACCAUGGAAGAGGAAAACGAGACGUGUAUUGUAUGCUUUGGAAAUUACAACCAACACAAUAAUCUUUGCACCCUUACCUGCGGCCACAGUUUCCAUUUCCCUUGCAUUGAUCAGUGGCUUCGUAGAAACAUAAGUUGUCCAAUAUGCAGAGAAAGCAAUCUAUGA